AGGCGAGCAGACCUAACCACGAAUGGAGAGAACGAUCUUACUUUAUAUGGAUGAACGACACGUUACGAUCCGGGUGUAUAUUUAAUGAAUUGUAGUGAAUGAUUGUUUUUUUUUUUAAGGAAUUCCUAACGACUUUAUUAAAUCGCUAAGAAAAAUGCAGGUUCUUUUAGGCCUUCUAAUUUUAGUUACUGGUGCACAUUGUUUAUAUUCUUCAAAUUCAGAUGUCAUCGAUCUCAAACCAAGUAAUUUUGAUAGUUCAGUAAUAGAUAGUGAUCAUGUCUGGAUCGUAGAAUUUUAUGCACCAUGGUGUGGACAUUGUCAACAAUUCGUAUCAGAAUAUGAUAAAGCUGCGACAGCUUUAAAGGGAAUCGUAAAACUUGGAGCUAUAAAUGCAGAUGAACAUAAAUCUCUUGGAUCUAGAUUUGGUGUACGUGGUUUCCCAACAGUUAAAAUUUUUGGUCAUGAUAAAAAUAAACCUGAAGAUUUUAACGGACCACGUACAGCUGCUGGUCUUAUCGAUGCUGCUACAAAUGCCGUUUCUCAAAAAGCGUAUGCAAAAUUAGGUGUCAAAAAAGGUGGUAGUGGUAAUAAACAAAGUAAAGAUUCUAAGGAUGUAAUCGAACUAACUGAUGAGAAUUUUGACAAAUUAGUAUUAAAUUCAGAAGAUAUGUGGUUGGUUGAAUUUUAUGCUCCAUGGUGUGGACAUUGCAAAAAUUUGGCACCCAUUUGGGCUUCUGCGGCUACAGAACUUAAAGGCAAAGUAAAAUUAGGAGCCCUUGAUGCAACUGCACAUAGAGCCAAAGCAAGUCAAUAUGAAAUAGCGGGAUAUCCAACCAUCAAGUAUUUCCCAUUAGGUAAGAAAAAUGCUGAUUCGGUACAAGAAUAUGACGGUGGCCGUACUAGCACUGACAUCGUUAACUGGGCUUUGGACAAACUGGCUGAAAAUAUACCAGCACCCGAAGUAGUUCAAAUUAUUAAUGAAAAAAGUUUAAGAAGUGCAUGCGAAGAUAAACCACUUUGCGUAGUUUCAGUAUUACCACAUAUAUUAGAUUGUCAGUCAGAAUGUAGAAAUCAGUACUUAAACGUUUUAAGAGAUCUUGGAGAAAAUUAUAAAAAGAAAAUGUGGGGGUGGGUUUGGUCAGAGGCAGGAGCUCAAUCAAACAUAGAGGAUGCAUUAGAAAUUGGGGGAUUUGGUUAUCCUGCUUUAGCAGCAGUAAAUAUUAAAAAAAUGAAGUAUUCAUUGUUAAAGGGAAGUUUUUCAUAUGAUGGAAUAAACGAAUUUUUAAGAGAUUUAAGUUACGGACGUGGUGGAACUGCCCCUUUGAAAGGAGCUCAAUUACCUUCUAUACUUGAAAUUACACCUUGGGAUGGUAAAGAUGCUGAACCUCCACAGGAGGAAGAAAUCGAUCUUAGUGAUAUAAAUUUGGAUGAGAAAGAUGAAUUGUAAUCAUUGAAAUAUCAAUGAAAUUUUUUUUUUAUGAUGCUGUACUCGAUGUAUCAGGUAUGCUUUUUCAAAGCAAGGAUACAUUACGUUUCAUUAUGUAUAACGUAAUAAUUCUCAAUAACGUAUGUUUUAUAACAAAAAUUGUUAAACUGCCUGUAAUAUUUUGUUUUUCAGCUGCAAUAUGUUUCAAUAUUGUAUGUAUCACUGAAAAUCAAUCUCCAGGUGGUCUCUUAAAUAUAUUAAGUUUUCGAUAUAUCGAUGCUUAAAUUAUGGAAAAAUAUGGUAUUAUGUUUAUUAACUACUUGGACCAAAAGUUAUUUGGAAAUAACAUUUUAUAAAAAUCACAAUUGAAAGUAUGUCUGUAUUGUAUGAACUAUAUUUUUCCAUGAUAUAAGCAUUCCUUCCAAGAAAGCCAAUUACAUAAAUUUAUGUAAACUUCCUAGAGAAAAAACAAAAAAGAAAAGAAAAAUGAUACACAUUUAUAUACAGCAUUAAUCCUUGUAACAUAAUCCUUAUUGUUUUAAUAUUUUUUUAUAUCUAACUUUAACUUAAAUUUUUUCUAUCAGUGUUUCUUCUUUACAUAUCUAUUCGUAAGAAAACUAAUAAUUUACUACACGUAUCACAAAUAAAAUGUCUUUAUAUUUAUAAAAAACAAAAAACAAAAAAGUUCGUGCAUUUUUGCUCAUGCCUGAGGUUCUCUGUAAAAGUGUAAUGUCAAUUAACAUGCUAGAAAAAAAAAACCGAAUUCCUCGUAUAUAUAAGUGAUUCAAUUCCACUGUAAAUUAUACAUUCCACGUUCUUUUUUUUUUGUUUGUAGUAUGUAUUCAUUUUAUGUCAUCUUUAUCUUGUUGAUCAACCUCUCAUUACAAUGAGUCUUCCAUCAUUGGCAGAAUUAACAUUAAAUAUGUAUUAAUUGUGUGAAAUCUUAUUCUCUCUGAGAGAAACAUAAUAAUCUAUUGUAAUAAUUAUCACGAUCGAAUAAAUUUUUCAAGAAAAUAAUAUA